AUGGCCACUCCCGCGAAAAGCCGUACUGGUCUCUACAUCGGACUGGGUGCCGUCGGCGCAGGCGCCUACUACCUCUACAGGGCUGGAGGAAACCCCAAGGCUGCCAAGGAGGAGAUGAAAUACGAUGUCAACAAGGCCCGUGCUAAAGCUCCCGGACCCGGCGAAGGCGAGAGAGCUGGCCAGACCGCUGGAUUGGAAACAAACCUGAACAUCGACGAGGCGGCCAACAACCCCCGCACACGGAACGAUGACCUCACCGCACAGGCCCAGAGAAAGUUGGAUGAGGUGAGCCAGGCAGGAAAGGAGCAGGCGUCGAAGGUGCGGAGCGAGGUGGAAGAGAAGGCGUCCGAGGCAAAGAGUACAGUUUCUGGAUGGUUUGGAGGAAAGAAAUGA